AGCAGAGUGAGAGGCAGAGUAUUGUAGGUCCGCGGGCAGCGGGAGCGCCGUCUGGUGUCAGGCGCGGCGCAUAAGUGGAUUUAUGAGACGCAGCUGUUGAGCGGCUGUCAGACGUGUGCGAGGAGCUCGACCGCUGCUCCUGCUGCUGCUCGCCGAGCUCCCGUUACGUAGAAAAGAAGGCGAGCGAGCCUCGCCACGACCACGAUAGCAGAUGGUGGGUGAGCAGUACGAGACCAGCACAGAGGGCAGCAGCGUGCCCGGACCUGUGCCCGAGCACAUAUACAAGGUUGGCAUCUAUGGCUGGCGGAAGCGCUGUCUCUACCUGUUUGUCCUGCUGCUCAUCAUCAUCCUGGUGGUCAACCUGGCCCUCACCAUCUGGAUCUUCAGGGUCAUGUGGUUCAACUCGGAGGGAAUGGGCCUUCUGCAAGUCCACUCCGAUGGCGUGAAGCUGGAGGCGGGCGAAUCCGAGUUCCUGUUGCCCCUCUACGCUGAAGAGAUCCACUCCAGGGAAGACUCUCCACUACUUGUACACUCGGAUACGGAAAACGUUUACCUCAAUGCCCGCGAUGAAAAUGGUGACGUCACAGGGAGGAUGUUUGUGGGUCCAAAACAGGCUGAAGGACACACUCCAAACAUGCUCAUCAGCUCCUCCAACAACAACAUGCUGUUCUCUGCAGAUGACAAACAGGCUGUGAUUGGACCAGACAAACUGCGCAUCACAGGUCCUGAAGGAGCUCUGUUCCAACAUUCAGUGGAGGUUCCCCUCCUCAAGUCGGAGCUCUUCAAAGACCUGAGGUUGGAAUCUCCAACUCGUUCACUCACUAUGGACGCUCCAAAGGGAGUUCAUUUAAAAGCCUUGGCUGGAAACAUCGAAGCGGCCUCCAACAUGGACGUUAUCCUGCAGUCCAGCGUGGGACUGUUGGUGCUGGAUGCUGAAACGGUGCGCAUGGCCAAUCUGCCCCAGAGCCAAGGAGGAGUUUCCGGGAAUGCCGAGGGUCUCUUUGAAGUGUGCGUGUGUCCCAGUGGCAAGCUUUUUCUGUCCAAGGCUGGCGUCACCUCCACUUGCAGUGACAACCAGGAGUGCUAAAAUGUGGUUCCUUCCUGCAGGCUACAAGCACACAUUUUUUGUUUGUUUGUUUGUUUUAUAUUAACACUAAACGUGUGUGGAUCACAGUGCUAAAACCCCCACCAGCAGGGGGAGUUGUGCUUGCUGGAGGACAUAGUAUAUUUAAAUAAACACACGCACAUGCACACACACACACACAGUUUUAUGGCUGGGCAAUAAGGAGCUGCUUUACAGCUUACAUCCUAUGCAAUAUAAUCUUCUGGUGCAAUAUAUACAAAGUGACACAUGUCAAGGGCUUGGAGUGAUGGCAGGGAAAAAAAUAUGUAUGAAUCAGAUUAGUUGUGAAAUAAUUUCUUGCGUUUUGUGGCUCCAAGCUUUGUGUUUUGUUUUGGUAUUUAGCAUGUUUACUUGAUUGUGAAAAAUGAGAAAUGAUGCAACAGCUUCAUUACGCACGCCCGCAGAAUCUAAUAAGGGCCAAUACGAGAGUUGUAUUAAAAGGCAUGCCUUUAAAAAUGAUAUAGUACAUAGCUUUGAUUUACAGUUUGGUUAAAUUGACAUUAUUAUUGUUUGCACUUUGGAGAAGUGGAGAAAUAAUAUUUACCUUAUUUAUCAAGACGAGUGGGUUAAAAAUAAAAGCUCACCGUAGCACAGUUGUACGCCUCUGCAAACUACAACGGCAAUAAUAUACUUAUUAAAUUAAUACCUCACUGAUACUGAGCAUUGUUAUCUUUGUAAAGACUGACUACAGCAUACAUUUUGGAUCUUAUUAGAGAUGCAGGUGUACCUAAUGUUGCCAUUGGGUUUAUAAAUAUAAUAUCACUGUCGCAAAUGCGAAGUAACAAACUUGUUAUAUUUCAACUGAAUUACAGGGUGUCUAUUUUGAUCUUUACAUCUUGUUGAAAUUGUGUACUUCUACUGUCAAGCAAAAACCAAACAUGUUUAUUGUUCAACUUUGGAUUUAAUUUGUUUUUAAAGUAGACCCACCCCCCAAAAAAACAAAAAAGACAAUAAAGUUAUUUGCUGUAAGAUGA